AUGCUCCGAUACUGGAUAUGUUUCGCAUGCGCUGUUUAUUUUGCGGGACAUUGCGGAGCUAACUACUGUAGGGACGCCAACCUAUGUUGUCCAGGGCGGGACAGCUCUUGCGUAGUCCAGAAGGCUCAUCAAAAUGCAAUUAUAGAUGAUAUAAGCGAUAAGCCCUGUUACUGUGACCACGCGUGCAUGAAGCUUGGGGACUGCUGUCCCGAUUUCAGAGAGACUUGUGGAGUGACAGACUGCGUUGUGUCGGACUGGGGUCCCUGGUCGGAGUGCGAUACAAGUUGCGGAUCAGGCAGCAUGGAGCGUAGUCGUAGGAUAGUCCAAGCGCCAGCCCACGGGGGCCGCCACUGUCCGUCCCUGGUUCAACGACGUGCGUGCCAAGCGCACCAUGGAUGCUCGCCAGACAGCGACAUCCCAUUACGUGAGGAAUCCGCAAUGAUCCUACCCGGUGGUCUAUCUGUCAGUCGGCACUCGAAUGAGACGGUGGACAUCAGGAAGAACCUGCGGUUGCGUAAUCCCGAUGAUCCGGAAUCCAAUUCACACAGAGAAUACUGCGUUCAAUUCGAAGUUGCCAAGGUGGCGAAGGCCUGUCAUAUCGAUUCCGAGUACAAGGCGCUUCGUGAAGGUGGCACAGUUUGCGUUAUGUGUGAAGCCGCGGCACUCAGACGCGACCUGAAAUGGCGCUGUGGCGGACAUGGAGUGGUGGGACACACCACUCGGUUCUACGCCCUGGUGGCGCCGCACUGCCAUGGCAAAUGGAUCCGAACUAACGAGAACAUGGACAAGAAAGGAGAUUGUUGUAUAAGCCCUGACUUUAUUUUUGUUUAA